UAUAAGCAAGGUUCCAGAGCUAAUGUUAACAGACAGUUCAAAGUAUGGAUCAUCAGUAAAUGGCAUGAAGAUCACACAGCCAACUAAACUACAAGAUGGUGAUGAAGUAUUGUUUGGAACACACGGUAGUGUCUAUAGAGUUACCUACACUCCAUUGAUUGCUGUUACCUCAUGCCUGGAAAGUAAUAAAAAGAAACUUCUCAAGAAGCAAAUACAUAAACUUGGUGGUCAUCUUAUAAAUGAAUGGAAAACAGGACAUGUUAAUCAUUUAGUUAUGGAUGGUCUUGUUUUUACAAUCAAAGUUAUCCAUGCCUUAGCAGAUUGCUGUCAUAUUGUAUCACCAAGCUGGUUUGAUGAAACUGUGAAAGCUAUUGAAGCACAAAAGACUCCUCCAAUGCCAAAAAUGUUUCUGCCUCCAUUGAAAGAAGAAACCAUCAAAUCUGAUGAACCACUUUUUCUUCCCGACCAAAAUAGAAAAACACUCUUUGCUGGAAAAACGUUUUACUUUCUCAGCAGCAAACAGUUCAAGAGAACCCAUGAAGCAAUCGAGAUGUGUAGUGGGCAGACAAUCCUUCUAGAGUUAUCAAAGGGUUUAGAGUAUGAUAAACUAUUGGUGAAUGAUGGCUCCUGCUUAAUGAUGUUGGAYCAGAAAGAGAGAGAAAAUCUUCCUGCAGACAACAAAGAAUGUGUUACUGAAAUCAUGGACUUCUUGAAAAGUAACAAAAAGAGGCCAAUUCCUGAAUCUGAGCUUGGUUUAGCAAUCCUAGAGAUGAAUCUGGCUCACUACUGCAACKCAAACAUUGACGCAGUGCCUGCCAUCACACAGAAUAUUGUCUGUCAGUCACUCAACGUAGGACUGGAUGAGAUGUCACAGGUUUACUCUCCACAAGACAAAAAGCAAGACGCUCAGCAGUUCAWAAAACCGUCUUCUUUAAAUGGUCAAACUGACAGCAAGCCGGUUUUUCAGUCGGGGAGAAAAGAUUCAGUGAAGACAGCACAAAGCACAAUUACAAGUACUUUAACUCCAGCAAGAUCAACAGAGCAACAAAAGGAUAACAAAAGGAAAGUCUCAGUCACAGAAACUCCUGAARGCGCAAUGAAAUCGGACAAACCCAAAGAAAUACAGAAAGUCAGUCCAAUUCCUGAAACUAUGAACAUCAGCGAUGAUGGAAAUGUUUUUGUCUCGGAAACACCUUCCAGGAAAUCUUCAAAGUCUGACAUAACUUCGUUUUUCGUAACGAAUAAAAACAGAAAAGAAGUUAGGUCCGAUAGCUUAAGUUUUGAUCAUUCAAAUGUAAGUGAAAAAGAAAUGACUGCCAAGCAAACAGGUAAGAUUAACCUUCAAAAUARCAAGAAAGAURAAGSAAUUGUGCCCGAUAGUUUAGGUUUUGAAGMAAGUGAAAUURAAUCAGCAAAGAAAAACCAAGGAGUUGCAAAGAUGAGCAGUUUGMAAAAAGACGCCAAAMAGCMARCUGUCGUUCCUGACAGCUUAAGGCCAAGCACAAGCRAUCCAGAAAGUCCUCCCAAAGAARCAUUUAACUUUCUUGYUUCMAAAAGAGACAAGAGUUUCAAAAGAAUGAUUCCUGAUAGCUUAGGCUUGGAUUCGGAGACUAAUGACUUCAAUACCGAGCAAACUAGCACGCGGAAGGAGUCGAAAAGCGAACAAGUUGCGAUUCCAGACAGUAUGGGAAUGGAUGAGAGYUACGAGGAAGGCACUCGUUCAGAAAUGUUCAUCACCGCAAGCUCCGAAACAACAGGAACUCCAAUGAAAAGAAGAAGAAUGACUGAAGAUGAGAAAGAUUUAGAAAAGCUUCCUGUCAAACGGAUGAAAAACACGACGGGAGAAUUGGAUAAAAAUGAUUGGUAUACAAAUCCAGGUAGAAAAGAAGAAAACUUUAUCCCAAGUAGUGAUAUCAAUAAGCCAGGUAUUAGCACAAGGACCGAUGUGUCAUCUGAACAUGAAAUAAGGACAGCACAACCAGAUGGAUUCUUGUCAGCAAGAGUAUCAKUGAAGCCAAACCUCCCUGCAGUCAGAAAACCAGUCACAUCGAGCGUUGUAAGCGAAGAAGAUUUCAAUGAAGAUGAUYUACCGAGAAAUUUAAUAGUUGUGGAUGUUGUAUCUCUUGUUGUUCGUAAACCUGGUGGUAAGAAAACUGCUCCAGUGACUGAGGYUCGUGGCAAAAACUUCAAAAAGUUUAAAAAGCAAUGGUACGCAGGAUGCGAUAGACGAUUCCCUAAAAUCAUUGGUGGUAAUGAUCUGGUGGUUCAUCAAGCGCUGUCUAAUUUGGAGCACGAAGAUUGGUUCAUCGAGGCUAGGGAGGCAAGUCAAGAACAAGAAAGAAGAGACCGAAUGGAAGCGGAGCUAUUCAUGUCUGAUGCUGGGCUUCCACAAAGACGGCGAAAAGCUAGAUAGACUUUGUUAAGGACCAUUGAAUUAACGUUGGUUAAUAUAUUAGUGUAAAACGGUUGCUUCUUUUUUGGUAUUAUAAGAAAACCUUUAUUCUUGGUCUCCAUGUGUCCACUUCGACUUUUCAGACCAAAAAUAGCGGGAAAUUCAAAUGGUGCGCGUGUCAUCCGAAUUUUAACAGGAAAAAGGCGGGAAAAGUGUAACAUAUCCGGAAAUCCAAGAAAAACCUAUCGGUGUCGCGCAAAACAUUUGACAAUUUUUUCAUUAUUUUCGAAAAUUUUGAACAGAUGGAAAGUGUUUCAGGUUGCCUUGAAUGAGCUAUUAAAGACGUUUUAUUCUGAUUUCACUGACUGAAAGUCAUCGAAGGUCGUAUGAAAAUUACUCCUUAUAGAUUAGAUAGAUUUGUAUUGAUUUAUACCUAUCAUAUUAGUAUUAUCUUUAUUAAAAUAGUUUUGUUUCGA